AUGGGGAACGGAUUAGUGAAACCCAAGCACCUGAGGCAGCCAAACAGGCAUGUGGCAAACCUCGCUAUUGGCUGUGCUGCCAGCCACAAGUUUCUGAUGGACCCAUGCCUGAGCAUCAAUGUGAUCAAUGGGCAAGCUGAUGUCCUCUGCAGCAAGGUACUUGAACUGGAAAAGGAGCUGAAGAGAAAAGAUCAGCAGUUGCAAGAGAGUCGAAGCCAUGUUGCUGAGCUUCAGGAGCAGCUGGCUAUGCAGACUAAGGUCAUAGCAGAACUCACCAAGGAGCUUCAGAGCAAGUGCAUACAGUUGAACAAGCUGCAGGAUGUUGUUAGCACUCAAGGGGAGCACUCUCUUCAGCCUUCUCCAUUUAAAGUCUCUGCUGAUAGGAGGAGAGGAGCCAAGGAAGGUGUAUCUGCAGAGCCAACAACACAACUGUGUGAUUUGAGCAGGCAAACUAUAUUUUCCCUUGAAAAAGCAACAGUCCGAAAGGAUUCCAGUGAGAAGAAGCUCAUCACAGAUGCCCUGAAUAAAAACCAGUUCCUGAAGAGACUGGAGCCUCACCAGACACGAGACAUGGUGGAAUGUAUGUAUGAGAGGACAUUCCAGCAAGGGAGCUACAUCAUCAGACAGGGAGAACCGGGAAACCACAUUUUUGUGCUCAAAGAGGGCAGUCUGGAAGUCUUUCAGCAGAAUAAACUACUCUCCUCAAUACCUGUGUGGACAGCAUUUGGUGAACUGGCCAUUUUAUACAACUGCACACGGACAGCUUCUGUGAAAGCAAUCACUAAUGUUAAAACAUGGGCUCUGGACAGAGAAGUAUUUCAAAAUAUCAUGAGAGUGACAGCACAAACCAGACAAGAGCAAUACAGAAACUUCCUUAGAAGUGUGUCCCUGCUGAAAAACUUACCUGAAGAUAAAUUAACCAAGAUCAUGGACUGCCUGGAAGUGGAGUACUAUGACAAGGGAGAUUAUGUUAUUCGGGAAGGAGAAGAAGGAAACACCUUCUUUAUAAUAGCAAAAGGAAAGGUGAUAGUUACCCAGAGUACUACAGACCACUCGCAGCCUCAGGUGAUUAAAUAUCUACACAAAGGAGAUUACUUUGGAGAAAAGGCUCUCGUUAGUGACGACGUCAGAUCAGCAAACAUUAUUGCAGAUGAGUACAAUGUGGAGUGCCUCGUCAUAGACAGAGAGACAUUUAAUCAAACAGUUGGAACUUAUGAGGAGCUGCAAACUUACCUGGAAGGUUAUGUGGCCAAUCUGGCCCAGGCUGAUGAAAAGCGACAUGCAAAAGGAAGAUCCUUCUGUGGACAGUUGACCAAAGAGGUGUCUUUGGAGAUGAUAGAGCUGAAGGAGAAAGUAGCCCAGUUCCCUCCUUCCCCAUUCCAGAAUUUAGAAGUUGUCACAACUCUGGGUGUUGGUGGGUUCGGAAGGGUUGAGCUUGUUAAAGUUAAAAACGAGAACAUGGCUUUUGCUAUGAAAUGCAUAAAGAAGAAACACGUAGUGGACACCAAACAGCAAGAGCACAUCUAUUCUGAGAAGAAAAUCCUUGAGCAGAUAUGUUCUCCAUUUGUUGUAAAGCUGUAUCGCACAUUCAAGGAUAACAAAUACGUGUACAUGCUCCUGGAGGCUUGCCUUGGAGGGGAAUUGUGGAGCUUGCUGAGAGACAGAGGCAGCUUUGAUGAAUUCACCACCAAGUUUUGUGUUGGGUGUGUGACAGAGGCUUUUGACUAUCUGCAUCAAAUAGGAAUUAUCUACAGAGACCUGAAGCCAGAAAAUUUAAUUUUGGAUGCUGAAGGAUAUAUAAAAUUGGUUGAUUUUGGAUUUGCAAAGAAGAUUGGAUCAGGGCAGAAAACCUGGACAUUUUGUGGAACCCCUGAGUAUGUUGCCCCUGAAGUCAUUCUGAGUAAAGGCCAUGACUUCAGCGUGGAUUUUUGGUCCCUUGGGAUCCUUGUGUAUGAACUCCUCACUGGCAGCCCACCAUUCUCUGGGGCUGAUCAAAUGAUGACAUACAAUUUGAUUCUCAAAGGCAUUGAAAAGCUGGAUUUUCCUAAGGUAAUAACAAGGCGACCUGAGGAUUUGAUCCGCAGACUCUGCAGGCAAAACCCUACAGAAAGAUUAGGCAAUUUGAGGAAUGGAAUAAAUGACAUCAAGAAGCACAGGUGGUUGUGUGGUUUUAACUGGGAUAGUCUGAAAGUGAGGAAAUUAACAUCGCCUUUAAAAAGAGAGUUGUCUGGACCAACUGAUUACAGCUACUUUGACAGCUAUCCACCUGAAGUGGGAAGCCCUCCAGAUGAACUUUCAGGCUGGGACAAGGAUUUCUGA